CAGCAGCCUCAGCCUGCCUGCCCUGGCCCUGGGUGUGUGAUAUAUGUAUCAUCAACAACAACCACAGUAAGCGACAGCAGCAGCUCUAGUGUGAGGCAGACAACGCAAAGACACGCCCACGCUCCACAACCCCCCCCGUCAGCUGAUGUACGGGCAAGCGUCACAUGACAAGAUCCCUGAGCUGAGUGAGAGCUCUUGCUAUUGCUGCUGCUGUUGUGAGAGAGGCCUCGGUAGUGGUGAGCGCUCAGUGGCGGCUGAUAUAGAACAUGGCGGGUGGCUUGCUCCGUGGCAAACUGAUCGCUGUCAUCGGGGAUGAAGACACCUGCACCGGCUUCCUGCUCGGGGGCAUCGGGGAGCUCAACAAGAAUCGGAAGCCGAACUUCUUGGUGGUGGAGAAGGAGACCAGCGUGACGGAGAUAGAGGAGACGUUCCGGAGUUUUCUACAACGUGAUGAUAUUGGGAUAAUAUUGAUCAAUCAAUUCAUUGCAGAGAUGAUCCGACAUGCUAUUGAUGCACAUAAUAUCUCUAUCCCAGCCGUGCUUGAAAUACCUUCUAAGGAGCACCCCUAUGAUGCCAACAAGGAUUCCAUACUACGCAGAGCUAAGGGCAUGUUCACCUCUGAUGACUUGCGAUAACUAUGGGAUUCAUUGGGAAUUUCCUCUAAACAGUCAUGUGUAAUUCCUUAACUUAUGCAUUAUGUUAGUACAGAGUUACUAGUAAUAUAUGUCCGUUCUAGACUUUUUUUUUUUUUUUUUUUUCUGUUUUAUUAUUCUUUUUAUUUUUCACCCCUUUGUUCAGACGAAUUUACCGCCACCACCAGUGCUGUAUGGCUUUCCUCCAUUUAUAUAUGGUCUGUUGUUUUAUUUCAGAUUUAGGGACACUAAUAUAAUAUAUAAAGAAAAGUUCAACCACUGUUGCAGAAUACACAAAUAGUACAGCAUGCAGAGAAUAGGUUCUCCACACAGAUUAGUUAAUAUAAACAGGUUUGUUCCGAGUUGAUCGAUCUCUAGCUAUUUUUUGCAGUGCUGCGAACAGAUAGUCGCCGCCUAUAGGGGAGUGUAUUUUUGCUUUGCAAGGUGCGAUCGCAUGUACAGCCGAGCACUACAAAAAUGUUUUGUGCAGUUUCUGAGUAGCUCAGAACUUAGCCGCUGCAAUCAGUUCAGCCUGUCAGGUCUCGAAAUUGACGUUAGACACCCGCCCUGCAAACGCUUGGACACGCCUGCGUUUUUCCAAACACUCCCAGAAAACGGUCAGUUGACACCCACAAAAACGCCUUCUUCUUGUUAAUCUACUUGCAAAUGGAUUCUUCAUUAAAUCCAUCGCUCCGCCCCCAAAGUCUCUAGUAUCUACCUUCUGAACUAAGUGAAUCUUAUUCUCGUUCUAAUUUUCCUAUAUUGGAGGCUUAUGUCUCAGACCAGUGUAAAUCCUAGAUGAGUGCUUCUCAGGUGGUCAUUAUAUUGGAUAGUGAAUGAGGAGCACAGGAGGUCAUGUACAUAGUACUGCUUUCCAAAUCCACUUCACUUUUAUGUACUAUAGUAACUAUUGUUAUAAAUAAUAUAUUCAAAACUAUUUGGGUAGAAAUCUGUGAUACAUUUCUUUACCAUUUCCUAUGUAUUUCAUGUUCAGGCCUUUUGCAAAAGGUUUAUUGUUGAAUUGUAUCAAUAAAUAUAGAAACACUGAAAAUUA